GUCGUUCAGCGGAGGCGCAGACUUGUUGGAAUACGGGUGGGGGAAAAGAAAAUAACGCGUAGCCGAGCGCUUGCUGUAAACUUUAAAAUAUAUAUAUUAUUUAUUGAUUUACGGAAUAAAAACGCUUUUAAUUAGAUAAAGCCGGAAUGGCAUCAGCUCCAGCUCAGCAGCCCACACUGACAAUAGAACAAGCUCGAGUGGUGCUGAGUGAGGUGAUCCAGGCUUUCUCUGUGCCUGAGAAUGCCUCUCGGAUGGAGGAGGCGAGGGAAAGUGCCUGUAAUGACAUGGGGAAGAUGCUCCAGCUGGUCCUGCCUGUGGCUACACAAAUCCAGCAGGAAGUGAUCAAGGCUUACGGCUUCAAUAACGAAGGAGAAGGUGUCCUGAAGUUCGCCAGACUGGUGAAGAUGUACGAGUCUCAGGACCCAGAGAUCGCCGCCAUGUCACUCAAGCUGAAGUCUCUUCUCCUGCCUCCUCUCUCAACUCCGCCCAUCGGGGGAGGAAUUCCAGCAUCGUAAAUUCAACAUUCACGUCACGGGGGUUCGAAACAUCCUCACAUUAACGGUCACACAUCCGAAAUAUGGGUGGAUUUUCCAGACUAUGAGAUUAUUAAACAGAUUCAGAGUGGAGAGCAUCGCACAUGGUGGCUGGUGGGGUUUAAGACACGCUCGUACCCACUGCAGGGAAUUUCAGCAUGUUUAUAUUAAAGGGAAAAUCACUGCUGUGCAAUUGUUCUCCAUAGUAGUUGCACUGAAAAUUCCAGAAUGAUGGAAAUCGCCUUAUUUCGAGUCGCAAUGCAUGCUAUAAAGAGCACAAACCAAUAAAUCCUACAAAUUAUAGUCUGGAAAAUCCACUAUUCAUAUCCUGAACUUCUCACAUUCCCAUGGCAUUCCUACUUUUUUGUAUUUCCAUUUCAUACUCUCGCUCGUAUUUAUUUGUACCUCGCUGUAUUAUAAUAAGAUUUUUUGCACAAACCUGGAAAUUCCUGGGAAAUUACAAAAUGUGUGUGAAAGAGACUAGAGCGAUAUCUCACUCUGAUGGAAAUCCUGCGGCAGUGCAAAGAUCAGCAAACCCAAACAAGUAAUAGAAAAUUCUCUGACCCCAAAGUCUUUUACAUAACGAGUUUCCUCAAUUCACAUCCGGUUCUACAGUAACGUUAUAGAGGCAGCCAUCUAUAAACACUGGAGGCUUAAAAAGAACUCAUCGUCCACUUUAUAAGGAAUGCCUGCACGUACAAGCCGUUCUCCAGUCAGCCAAACAUAUGGCAGCGGCACCAUGUACAAAAUCAUACAGAUAAAGAUCAAGAGCUUCGGUUAAUGUUCACACCAAGCAUCAGAAUGAAGAAGUAGUCUGAUCUCUGUGAUUUUAACCGUAGUGUGGUUGUUGGAUGAUGGGAUUUUCACACACACAGCAGUCUCUAGAGUUUACACAGAAUGAUACAGAAGUGAGAGACAGGUCUGUGUGUGUGUGAACACCUUGUUGAUGAGAGAGAUAAACAGAGGAGAAUGAUCAGAUUGAUUCAAGCUCUCAGGAAGGUUAGAGUAAGUCAUAUAAUCACUCUUUACGACCGUGGUGAGCAGAAAAGCAUCUCAGCGUGCACAAAACAUUAAACCCUGAGGUGGAUGAGCUACAACAGCACAUCAGGUUCCUCUCCUCUCAGCCAAGAACACGAGUCUGAGGCUGUCAUGAACACAGACUCACACAAACUAGAUAAAGAUUCGAAUAAAGUGAUAUUUGUCUAUCAGGAGUGGAGUCCAGUGUGGUCUUCUGCUUGAGUGAUCAUAAGAGCUUCUAUAUCCUUCCUAUCAGUUCAAACCAGUCUGGCCAUUUUCCUCUGAUCUCUCUCAUUAUCAAGGUGUUCACACACACACAACUGUCUCUUAAUGAGACUGGUUUUCUCUAUCUUUCUGUGUAAACUCUAGAGAUUGUUGUGUGUGAAAAUCCCAGCAGGAGAUCAUCAGUUUCUAAAAAUCUCAACAACAAUACUACAGAGUUAAAAUCACAGAGAUCAGACGACGACUUCAUUCUGAUGUUAAAUGUGAACAUUAACCGAAGCUCUUGAUCUUUAUCUGUAUGAUUUUAUACAUCGUGCCGCUGCCACAUGAUUGGCCGAUUGGAGAACUGCUUGUGCGUGCAGGCAUUCCUAAUAAAGUGGAUGAUGAGUUUAUUUUAAGCCUCCAGUGUUAGGAGACGGCUGCCUCUACAACGUCACUGUAGAAUUGAAUGCGAAUUGUGGAAACUUGUUAUGGAAAAAGACUUUGGGUCAGAGAAUUUUCUAUUAUUGUAUCUAAUAAAGUGGACAGUGAGGUUGUGACAAACUUUAGUCUCACUUUCUGGGAUUACAGGAUGAGAGGAACAUAUGAAAUCAUGUGUUAUGGAUAAACUGAGUGUUGCAUGUUAUCCAGGAACGAGGAGAAUCUGCUUCAGUCUUACGGCUUCCUUCAUACAGUAAAAUGUCUGAUUAAUUUGUGGCUUCGGGUUCAGUUUCCUCGAGCAGAACAGCGCUGUUCAGUUCCAUCAUCACACCUUCAGUAGAACACUAUUCAGAGUUUCCCUUUUUUCUCUUCUUUAACCUUUUUGUGUGGAUUCAUUUCCUUUGUGCAAUAAAAACCUGAAACAGGAUCAUCA